GCCGUGCGUCUUUGCGCGUGGUUGUUCCUUUAAGAAACUUGAAUUUGAGCCGCUCCGCGCUGACGUAGGGGAGCUGGAGAUGUUGAUGUAGCCCGCAGAAAGAGGCAGAUUACCGCGAUGAGGACCAGGCAGGGGCACCAUCUCUCUCUCUCGGUGUAAUUUUGCGUGUUUUAUCAUUUCCACACACCCAUCCGGAGAGUCGCUGGAGUCUUUUGUAGUUCUUUGUGCCAAUAAAACGGUGCGAUUCAAGACCUCCGCCCUUUUUCUGUACUCCAAGGAGGUGUUAUAGAUCACAUACCUCUUUUUUUCCGCUCCUACGGUGUUCAGAGAAGGUCUGUCGGGGAGUGCGAAAGUCCUCUGGACGCUCUCGGGCGAACUAGGAUGACACCGGAUAUGUUCCGCAGCAGAGGCUGAUGUGAUUUUCUCUGAAUCACUGUUGGUUUUUACAGAGAGAACAAAAAUGCAUCAUGACCAGGAGGAGCAGCCUGUGAAUGCAAUUACUGCGCAGCACUCCGCCGGCCCGGGGAGCAGCCCGGUCAGCGGCCUGACUGACCUCCCACCACCUCCCCACUCCAAACUGGAGUUCAAGAGACACGCAGUGACAGAGGACUAUAAAGUCACAGCUCAGGUCCUCGGCCUGGGCAUCAAUGGCAAAGUGCUAGAGUGCUACUGCAAGAAAACAGGAGAGAAAUGUGCCCUAAAGAUCCUGUAUGACACUCCUAAAGCCAGACGGGAGGUCGAGCUGCAUUGGCGAGUGUCCGGAGGUCCACACAUCGUCCCAAUACUCAGCCUGUAUGAGAACAUGCACCAGGGGAAGAAGUGUCUCCUCAUCAUAAUGGAGUGUAUGGAGGGAGGGGAGCUGUUCAGCCGCAUUCAGGCCCGAGGAGACCAGGCCUUCACAGAGAGAGAGGCGUCAGAGAUCAUGCAUGACAUCGGCUCGGCCAUAAAGUUCCUCCACCACAUGGACAUCGCUCACAGGGAUGUAAAGCCUGAAAACCUGCUCUACACCACCAAGGAGAGUAACGCCACACUCAAACUGACUGACUUUGGCUUUGCCAAGGAGACGACGCUGCACAACUCCCUCCAAACUCCCUGUUACACUCCGUAUUACGUUGCCCCAGAAGUGCUUGGGCCAGAGAAAUAUGACAAGUCAUGUGACAUGUGGUCUCUGGGCGUAAUCAUGUACAUUCUUCUGUGUGGGUUUCCUCCGUUCUACUCAAACACAGGUCAGGCCAUCUCUCCAGGCAUGAAGCAGAGGAUCCGGUUGGGCCAAUACGAGUUCCCCAACCCUGAGUGGGCCGACGUUUCUGAGGAAGCCAAACAGCUUAUCAUUCAGCUACUGAAGACUGAUCCCAAUGAGAGGAUGACCAUUGAACAGUUUGUGAACCACCCCUGGAUUAGUCAGUCGAUGGUGGUCCCUCCGACACCCUUGCACACCUCUCGUGUUUUGACAGAGGACAAGGAGCUGUGGGACGAUGUGAAGGAGGAAAUGACCAGUGCCCUGGCCACCAUGCGUGUCGACUAUGACCAGGUGAAGAUCAAAGACCUGGACAUGUCCAACAACCCGCUGCUCAGUAAGAGGAGGAAGAGGCCCGAACCUGGAGGAGCCCACACAUGAGGAGGGGGAGACAGAGGAGUGGUGUGUAACAGUCACAAAGAAGUCACAUUCUCUGAAGAGCAAGGGAAAAUUACCAUUUGACAAAAAUAGUGUAAAACUAUGAAAAACAGAGUGAGCAAUAUUUUCCCAUCUGCGUGUCACUUCUUGUCUUUUAGUCACUUUUUAUGCGUCUUUGUAUCUCUGCACCCAACAGUCUAAUAAAUGUCAUUUAUCUUGAUUGUUUUGUAGUCUAAUAUGGGAAAUAAAACUGUUUUUUAUGUUUUA